CUCUUGCAUUGGCCAACAUCACUGCUAUUUCAUACUUGACAAGCAAUCGCAUGACUUCUACCGAACAGCCCCAACUCCGCACCCAUUUAUAUUUCCAAGAAGUCAUUCAAACUCGCUAGCUUUCUUUGUAUCAGAAUCGAAGGUGCAAUGUGGUGGUACAUCCUUGCGGGCGUUGCUGUCCUUGUCCUUUCGGUUUUGCUCCAGGACCGGUCUCCCAUCCCGGAAACUUCUGGUCACGUUCACAAGAUUGCCGAUCCCAAGGAGCUCGACACCGUGCUGGCGUCCAACAAAAGCGUCGUCGUCGACUUCUACGCCGACUGGUGCCCGCCGUGCCGGGCGAUCGCGCCUGUCUUCUCCAAACUGGCCGACGAGAACGCGACGAAAGGCAAGCUAGCCUUCGCAAAAGUGAACGUGGACCACGUCAAAGACGUCGCCGGCCGUUAUGGGAUAACGGCCAUGCCUACGUUCGUCUUUUUCUCCUACGGGAAGCCCGAACCGGUGGCGGUCGAGGGAAUCAAAGGUAGCUCAUCUAUUGUGCUCAGCGACGACGGACGAGUCGACAGGGUGCGGGGAGCCGAUGCCGCGACGUUGAAAAAAGUGGUAGCAGCCCUCAAGUCUUCUUGAUGCGUCACAAUUAAAACUGCAUUAACCUGCAGCUAUUGCAAAAGACAGCCCUUUAUUUGAGUCGGAAUAAAGGUCAUGCAUGUUGUGACUUGAGUGUGUGGAUGCUAAGCAAGUUAAUGGUGCGCAAAUCAUUCUAACGUUGUUCGAACCGCCAGUUACAUGGCCAAGCUCUUGAAAAAUUAUUUUGUCCCCCCGUGAGCGCCGCCCUCUAUACUAGAAACAAGGCACUUCGAGCAAUUAAUUCUACCCUCAUGACGAAACUUGGGCUCACUAUCUUGAAUCUAAACAUAGAGCCAUAAGACAAAUGACAAUAAAGACGGAUAAUCGCGAGUCCUUUCUCAGACGGGGGUUCGCUAUCCUCUCUAGCGUUGGAGUAUGGAAAAUCAUCUGGCUUGAGAAUUGCGUUAACCUCGUAUAUCUCUGCCCUAUGCCAAGUAGAAUCUUCUCUGUUUUCGACUCGUGAUCAUUCCGUCAUCAAUUGAAAUGAGGGUUUAACCGCGAGAUCUUUACAGGAAUACGAAUUUA